GAACUUCAAUCGUCUGCGUCCUUCCCUAACCUGCAGAGGUCGACCAUCUAAAUUUUAGGUCUAAUAAUUUGUUAAGAAUUUUAAUUUAAUAAACAUUAUGGCUGCCAAAAGAAUUGCUUCGUCGUCAAUCAAUUGGGCCGCAAUCGCUGAACGUGUUCCUGCUGAACAAAAAGCCCAGUUUCUUGCUUUCAAAAGUAAAUCUGACAACAUUGUUCGCAAAGUGGUAGCGCUGCCUGAAAACCCUCCCAAGAUUGACUGGGCCUACUACAAGAGCAAGAUUCCAGUUCCUGCGAUGGUUGAUGAGUUUCAGAAAAAAUACGAAUCAUUCAAGAUCCCUCUUCCUGAGGACAAUAUCACUGCUACAAUCGCCACUGAAGAAAAAGCUGCUGCUGAAAACGUGAAGAACUUCAAAGCUGAAUCGCAAAAACGUUUUACUCAACUGGAGACUGAAUUGAAGAAAUAUGAAAACCAAAUUCCGUUCAUCGAGAUGACAAUGGAAGAGGUUGCUUACUACUAUCCUGAUCAGGCUAUUGACACGACAAACAAACCUACUUUCUGGCCCCACGACCCUGAACUGGACGCCCGGUUGGCUGCUGAAAAUGAUAAGGGAGGCCAUCACUAAAAAGUGGAUAAAUGUAGGAAAAAGAGUCAUCUCCAAAUUGUAGACAAAAGAUUAUCCAUUUACCAAACACACCUCAUCUAUCUGCUUUGUAUUAUUGUUCUUGAAUAAAUUCUUAUUUGUUGGA